AUGCCAGAUUCGAGUUCCCCGAUCUUGACAACCUAUGGUCAAACUUUACCGAAAUUAAUUCUUUCUCAAAAAAAUAUCUUGACCAAAAAAGCAUCCGGACCUAACACUACCUUACAUAUGUAUUUAUUAAAUCCUCCAAUAUGGUAUUUAAAAUCGACAAUAAAUAAUUUAAAAGUUCUUCAUCAAGCAACACAUAUGCGUGAUCAACAGAAACUCCGUGAACAACCUCCCACAAGUUCCGAUGAUCAAGAUGUUUAUAGUUGUUGGAUAGAUUAUUUUAGUGAUGCCAUUAAUUCAAAUUCAACACAAACCGAAGAAUAA